ACCGCUUUACAGCUACGCAGUUUUUCACAGACACACAAAUUCCAUUAAAACAAACAAAUCUCUCUUUCUUUCUCUCUUUUCUCUAAAACAGAGAAGAUCCCUUUUCUUCACACCUCCAAUAAAAAAAAAUAAUUCAGAUCCUAGUUACAGACCUCCCAAUCCAUUUCCAUCAACAAUUUUUUAGCUACCCAUUGUUCAAAUCUGUGUCAAAACAUCGUCAAAGUUCAGAAAUUGAGGUCAGAUUUAUCAAAUUUCUAACCCUAGUUUUAUUUUGGGUGAAUUUUUUGGAAUUGAAGAUGAAGAGUUCAAAUUGAAGGAUUUCAACAGAGGCCCUCGUUUCAUUUUCAUCAAUCGAGUACACCCUUUUUCAGAAAUCUGUAAAUCCUGUGAAUUUUAUGAGAAAUCACUAACCCUAGAUUUUGAUGUAGAUUUUGUGAUUUCUUAUUAAUUUUUUUUCUUUUGUGAAAUAUGAUGAUGAUGGAGAUGAAUUUUAGGGAUUUUCAGAAACCCUAGUUUCGAUUUCUUCUUCUGAGUGUAAAUUUUGUGAAUUUUACGGAAUUUUUUGUGAAGUUUUCUACAAUUAAUUGAUUGAUGGAGCCCAGAAAGGUUCUGAUUUUAGUGGUGUUAGGUUUAUUUGGUAACAUUUCGUUUACUGCUUCACAAUUAUUUCCGCCGCCGAUUCAGAGUUUCAUUCCUUCAGAAUUAUCUCCGCCACCAGCUCAGAAUUUAGCUCCUCCUCAAUUAUCACCACCAGCAUUUCAGAAUCUCGCACCACCGUUGACACCACCUCCGCCUCCUCCAGCACCGUUUCCUCCUCCCCCUCCUUUCGUGCCACCUCCACCUCCUCAAGCUCAAUCUCCACCACCGCCACCACCACCACCAGCUCCUCAGCAUUCUCCUCCUCCUCCGCCACCGCAUUGGAGGAGACCGCCACCACCUUGGGGUAAUCCUAAUUAUGCUGGACGUAGGAAUGAGAGGAGGAAACCAGGUGGGGAGAUGAAUUUUGGGAAGAAAAUUGGGUAUUUAUUUAUUUUUGUUGCUGGGGCUCUUCAAAUUGGUGUUAUUUCGUUUUUGGGAUUUAAGAGAUGGAAAAUUUCAAAGAUUAGAGAUCGAGGAUGAGAUGUGAAUUUGUGGCUCUUGAUUUGUUUGUGUAAUGUGUAACUUAAUGUUUUACUUCUACUUCUUACGAUGAUGGUGAUGGUGAGAUUAUUCUUUUGCUUGAAUUGGUGAGGGUAGAGUUCCGAAUCAGAGGAAUGUAGGGUUUGGAUUUGAUUGGAUUGAAUCGGAAGCGGAUUUUUCAGCAGGCAGCGGUCGGAUCAUUGCGGUGUGUGUGCCCAGAUCAGUAGUUCUCAAUUAAUGGCUUGUGGCCUUUGCCGUUAUUCUCAAAAUUGAUCCGCUGUUGAAAGCCGCUUCUAAAUCUAUCCAGCAAGGGUGUGGAACAUUAAGUCAUGCAGUAGUAACUCGAGGUAUGCAAAAGUUCAUCAUCUGUGAAAGGAUUCCCUUUCAAGAGAAUUCAACCUUAAAAAUAGUUAAAAAGCAAAAGAAUGACAAGGAAAUGAACGCAGAAUAUGAGAUCAACAGCUUAGGUAUGCUCUUGUUAAUUUUACGAUUCUUGUCAUGCGAAAGAGUAAAAAUUUGUUUAUCCACGGUUAUGAUAUCGAUCAUCAUGUCUAUAUAUCAUCUUCUAAGAGUUAGAUUUAUAGUGGGGGAUACCACCCCCUGCAUACAUUAUGUACACCACGUUUGUUCCAUUAUUUGAUUUUUUUUUAAUAUAUUCAAAUCUCGAAGUACAGUUGUAUUCUUUUUAAUUGCGAGUUAGAUGAGAAAUUAAAUA